AUGACCAGAACCCGCUCCGAAACGGCCCAGCCCCAACUGCAAGUCCGCAACAACACUGGGCCCACGCCCACCACCGCUCCUCCGGGCCCCAGCACUGCGCAGCCAGCAGACGCCGCCGCCCCGGACACGGGCGGUGCGGUCAAGCACCUGCCCUCGAUUCGCUUCAUCCCCCACCAGGACCCCCGAGCCGGCCGGCCCUCGCUGAUAUUUCCCACAAUCACCCGCACCCUGCCCGACGAGUCGGCCGUGCUGCGUGUUGGCCGCUACUCGGAACGCGACAAUGCACCCGAAGUCGCCACAAACACCCCCUCGGCCGCGGCCAUUGGCUUCAAGUCCAAGGUCGUCAGCAGGAAGCACUGCGAGCUGUGGUGCAAGGACGGCAGCUGGUAUAUCAAGGAUGUCAAGAGCUCCUCGGGCACCUUUCUCAACCACAUCCGUCUCAGCCAGCCCAACGUCGAGUCCAAGCCCUUUCGCAUAAAAGAUGGUGACAUCAUCCAGCUCGGUAUUGAUUUCCGCGGCGGCGAGGAGAUGAUCUUCCGGUGUGUAAAGAUUCGUGUCGAGUGCAACCGAGGCUGGCAGCAGGGCUUGAACACAUUCAACAAACAAACCCACCAACGCUUGCGCGCCCUUGCCAAGAGCAAGAAGGAUGUCAAUGGCGACGGCGCCUCUACACACACGUCCGAGUGUGCAAUCUGCUUAAUGUCCAUUGCCCCUUGCCAAUCGCUAUUUGUAGCGCCUUGCUCACACGUGUGGCACUACAAGUGCAUUCGCCCAAUUCUCAAUGGACCAACAUGGCCCAACUUCCUCUGCCCCAACUGCAGAGCCGUUACAGAUCUAGAAGAAGACGUUGAAGACAUGGGCGAAUUCGAAGAUUGGGAGGGGGAAGAGGAGGUGGCAAAUGGUGACACAACCACCCAUCCAGACGCCGAACAAGGCGAUCGCCACGUCACUCCUCGUGCCUCUGUCGCACCUCUAAACGCUAGCGAAUCCGACGGCGGCAUCGAUCUUAGCGAGUUACAGCAGCACAUGACCAACAUUGAUAUCAAUGGCGCAGAACCAGUCAAUGGAAACACACAUGACGCUGCGCUCGAAACACCGGAUCGCCGCCUCACACCUCCAUCGUCUUCGGUAACACAGCCCGUUAGCAUCAAUGUCUCUGGAGCCAACGAGUAUGCAGGACUGUCUCCGCUAUGCCCCAUGGGCAGCGAUGGUCUAGCACCCGAUCGCAUGCACGACGGGCCCAUGACGCCUCGUAACGACGCCGGUCCCUUUGUUCUAGAUGGCAGUGCCGGCAGAAGUGCUGGAAGCCGUUCUCACGAAGACGAUUUACCCAGUAGCGACUCGGACAGCAGUGCACGUAUCCGAAACAAUAGUGGUGCACCCAGUCUACCACCUGUACGUUCUGACUAG